AUGGCGGCACCCCCCUCCCCCAUCUCAAUCACCCCCUCCCGCUUCCAAACAGCCCAGGAAACAUUCACACUCCACCUCCCCCCCACAGCCUUCCAACCCAACGGCCCAACCGCAUCAACCGCCUUCAUUACACCCGCUCAAAUCUUCCCUCACCUCCCCAAAGAUGUCAUCACCAUACUCACCCAACUCCACGCCUCAGACAACAAGCAUCCUCGUCCACCGCUCUACGAUCUCGUUCCAGACCCACACGGGCUUCCCAGCAUCAAUGAAAGAGGUGAAUUAGAGUUGAAGUUUAGAGUGGAUAGAAACCAUGCCGCUGCGAAUGAAGGGUGGUUGCGAAACCCGGUGGGACUUGUUGGGAUGCAGAGUCCGGUGUCUUGGUCUGGGUUGGGGCUGGAUUAUGAUAUUAAGGUGUACCUGGCAGGGCUGUGGCUGCCGAUGACGGCUGAAAGGUAUCAGAAGGUGUUUAGAGAUAUUGCGGCGUUUAGGCAAUUGGCGCCAUAUUGA